AACAUAACCUCAAUCUUUACAUGUAUGUUUACGCGUGUAUGUUUUGACUUUUGAUUUUAAUUUUAUAAAUUUCAAAAAGAUUGCAUUUUAAUUAACAAUAGCUAAUAUAACAUCACGUACAAAUGGCGGAACAAGUUAAUCAGCGUAUUGAGGGUAUGAUAAAUGAGUUAGAACAGAUGAAACGUACUAAUCUGUAUGACGACGUUGAAAUCAAAGAAAUAUCACGUAAAAGAAAGGAAUUUGAAUAUAGAAUACAGCGCAGAUUAAAAGAGAAAGAUGAUUUUGUCCAAUACAUAGCCUUUGAAUUGACUUUACUCGAAGAUAUUUCACUUAGGAGAAGACAGGCCAAACUUACAGAAAAGAGAAAAGAUAUUGAGUAUUCUAUAGCUAAGAGACUUAAUAAAGUAUUUAAACAAUUUGUGUAUAGAUAUCAGAAUGACGUAGCAAUAUAUUUUGAAUACAUAAAGUUCUGCCAAAGCGUUGGUUUUGAUUUUGCUGUCUCUGCUAUAUUAGGCCAAAUGUUGCAGAUUCAUGGAGACAAGCCAAAGAUGUGGCAAAUGGCUAGCAAGUGGGAAAGCAAAGAACAAAAUAAUUUGGAAAAUGCUAGGAAUUUCCUUCUAAAGGGCAUUCACAGGCAUCCAGAUUCCGAAAUACUCUAUUGGGAUCUAUUUGAGAUUGAGCUCAUGAUUGCAUUCAAAGCUGAAAAUGAAGAAGAAAAAGAAAAAUACCUAAAAAGGGCUGAGGUGGUGUGGAGAAGUGGUAUGAAGAAUAUACCAGAUGUGAAUUACUUGUUUAAAUUAUGUGAUUUGUCAAUGAAAUAUGGAAUUGAUGAUGCAACUACUAAUUCUAUUAAAGAAGAGAUUUGGAACAAAAGGACGGAGAAAAAUGUUUGGGCUUACAUUGCAAAUAAGGAAUUAGAGGGUUUCCAUUGGGCAGAAAUUGAAGAAUUUGCUACUGAACAGUUCAACUAUCCUCAAGAAGUAAAUAACUAUAUUGCGGUGUAUGAGAAAGCUUUAAAACUGUUUCCAGACGAAACACUGUGCACCAAAUACAUUCAUGGCCUACUCGGCAUAAAAGACAGUUUGUGUUCAGAGUUACAGAAAAUUAGCACUGUUAAACAUGCUUGGAAUUACGGUCAUGAAAAUGGGCUGCUUACUAGUGAAAUGUAUGCUUUUGGUAUUAGUAUGUUGAAGUUGGAAGACGAAAUAGCGAAAGAUGAACUUACAGAGAUCCUUGAUCAAGCAAUAACUAAAAAUCCCCAAUAUAGACAGCUGUGGGAGGAAAAAAUUUUGCUCAAUAAGUCAGAUGAAAAGAAAAUGUUGUCUUUACUCCAAGAGGCAGGCAAAAGUUUGAAUUCUGAAGAUAGUCUUGCCCUAUGGAAUUUCAUGUUCGAUAUCAUUGAUUCAAAUGUUGUUUUCAAGGCGUGUUUUGAAAAAUUCAGGACAUGCGAUAAUGCAAUAUUAUUGUCAUUGAAGCCCAAGCUUUUGCGAAAAAUGUAUGAACACCAUGGUCUUAAAGCUACAAGACAAAUUUAUGAGGAGUUCAUUAGAACUCCGCCAACACAGGUGGAAUUACAUAAAGUUAUGAUUGAAAUUGAAAUGUCACAAGAUAAGCCUACUCUGAAAAAUGUUAGGAAGUGUUAUGAAGCAUUCGUACAGCAUCAUGGGACUAAUAAUAUCAAAGUAUGGAUGGACUAUAUGGACUUUGAACAGACCAAUGGUAGUGCUGCAAAUGUGCCAGCAGUUCAUAGGAGAGCUAUAGGAGUGUUAGAGAAAAAAUUUGUAGAUGAUUUCAUUAAAGCCCAAAUGUUGUCAAAAUUAAAAUAACUAAUCAAAUAA